AUGCCGGUUUUUGUUGGUAAUGCGCCGCGAAAGUCGCGAAAGGCACCAGGCAUUGCGUUGGAGGUGAUUCUCGCAGAUGCUCCUAUCGCAGCUUCUCGUCCCGGCUGCAUGCCCCACUAUACCGACCCGGUUGCCCUUGACUGUCUGACCUCUGCUGGAUUUCAUACCAGGCUUGCAAGCAGAAGCAAGCUGCGUCUUCCUUCGCCAAGAUGGACGUUCGUCACUCGUUUGCGCGUGCUUCCGGCACCGUCGGGCAGUGUAGGGCCCAAGGGUCAUGCACACGUGGCCAGCAGUCGGAGAUGGCCGGUUGCGUCGCCGUCAAAGCGUUUCCCACCCGCUUUCAAGAAGGGAGACCAGGCUCAGGAGACGAUCUUCAGGCGCUUGCAGCUGCAGCAGCAGAGAAGGGAAAUUCACGAUGUGGGCCAUUUGUUCGAUGCGACGCUGACGGGCUGUCGUCCCUUCUUCAUUCCGGCUUUCGGGCAGGCCCCGAGAGAGCACAGGUGUCGAAGGUCCGAUACUGUCACAGCUGUCCCAUGA